AUGGAGGAAGUGCCAAACCGGCCACAGAUGUUCUAUAACGUCGGGUCUCCCAAGUACAUGGCUCCCGAAGCGUACGUCGAUAACCUCUACUCCGAGAAAAGCGAUAUGUGGGCGCUGGGAGUCAUCUUCUACGAGAUGCUAGUCGGCAAGACCUGCGAUCAGGGCCUCAAGAUGGAAGCCUAUCUCGACAUGAUUCGCAAAAAUGGGAUCCCGCUGCCUGCCAAUCUCAGUCCCUUCGCCAAACACGUCCUCACUAAGAUGCUCACCUUCAGCCACCAGAAUAGAAGCGACUGCUUGCAGAUCCUCAAAGAGUUUGAGCUGCAUCAAUCUUCCUUGCAACCGCAAAUCAGUCAUCAAAACGCCUUCCGAGCCAGUCAGUUUAACGAAUCCACCAGCAACGAUUUCUUCGGUCUUCGCGCUAACAAAAAUAACCAAGUAUUCCGAUCAACCAUGCUCGGCCAAGCGCCGCCUCAAAUGCUCCAGCAGAGCCUAAUCCAGCCAAGCAUCCAAGUGCACGAGAUUCCCACAAACAUUCCUCCAUAA